AUGAGGCCUUCUAUGAAGAUAUUUGCAACUUUGUUGCUUGUUCUCAUGUGUCUCAUGGCCAAUGAAAUGGGUGGUCCUAUGGUGGUUGAGGGGAGGACAUGUGAGGCACCAAGCCAGUUGUUUAAGGGGCCAUGUGUGAGCGACACCAACUGUGGUAAUGUGUGCAGGUCUGAAGGAUUUACUGGUGGACAUUGUCGUGGAUUUCAAAGACGUUGUUAUUGUACCAAAAACUGUUUAUAA